AUGCCAUAUGCGUGUAGAGUACCUGAUAAAGCAGUCAAGAAGACAUUUGCAACGACUAUGUUCUUUUUCCUUCUACUAAUAUUCAUUGGUGAUCACAGCGCAGCAAGUAAUUUUGCUAGCAACAUUAUAUGGAAUGAAGGGUGUCAACGCGCAGAUAUUAUAAAUUGGGGUUACCCUGAACGAUUUUUUAUCAGUGCUGGAACGGAGUAUAAUAGUGGUUGUGGCCAAGAAAUGACUCGAGCUCUACUUUACUUUAAUGAAAUCAAUGAUAUUCCUCAAAAUGUGACCAUUCAUUCUGUCAAAUUGAAACUUUUCGGAGUUAUUAAUGAUACGUCUGAUCCACACAAUUGGAUGGGUUUUAACAGUGCACGUCCAAACGAUUUGUGGGUACGACGAAUUACGUCUCCGUGGAACUCUAAUACAACAAACUGGAACAAUCAACCGAGUACGACCGCAUUCAAUGCUGCAACAAUUCCAGGUAUCACCUCAUGGAUCGAAUACAAUCCAGUAAUUGAUGUUACAGCCUUAGUUAGAAAUAUGCUUGUGCCCGGCCAAUUGAACUACGGUUUCAUGUUUCAAUUGAAAACAGAACAGCCGUACCGAGCAAUGACAUUCUACUCAUUUAGUAAUGCACAAAUACAACUACGACCAAAACUCGAGAUUAUCACAGGUUGGACGAGCACUAGUACAACGAGUACAACCACCACUUCGACGACCACUACGAAAAAGACCAACACAUCAAGCAGAAGUGAAAAGGACUGUUUGAAAGUGUAUGCUAUUUCUAUACUGAUUAUCUUCUUUAUUAUACAAUAA